CUUUCACCGUGUCCCUUUUCUACUCAAAACUUAUUUCUUCCGACGUUGCACUUGGAUUUCUCAUUCACUCAUAUUGAAAUGGCAUGCAAUACUUGCCGAGCCAUCUUCGAAAUAUUAGGAACAGGUGCUACACCCAGAAAAUUAAAACACUCCCAGGAAGGCAUCGAAUUCGGGAGCAGAGAGGGAUGCAUUUUUUGCAUGAACUUCAGCCAACACAAUUUGGUGUCGCCGGAGCUCGAAGUUUUGUUCCAAACGGUGGACUCUGCGCUUCUCCCCUCGCCGCUAGCAGAUGGGAAUCUGCACCUCGGAGUCAUACUAUCCGAUCGAGGAAUCGAUAGCAUCUAUAAUCAUACUUUCACAUUGUUGCGAAAUGAUAUGAAUGAGCACUCAUAUAUACCUCCAAACUCGACUGGACAUGAUGAAGCAAUUUCACUUGCAGGUUCGUGGCUGAAAACCUGUCUAACUUCACACGAGAAAUGCAAAAUCGAAAAAGGGCCACCGUUCAUGCCACCACGUCUCCUGGACUUGCAAAGCGACGGAAUCAAAUUGGUCGACACAUCUACCCUACGGUACCCAUUACAUUACAUAACCUUAAGUUAUUGCUGGGGUUCUGAAGCAAACAAUCUACGGCUUUGCUCAGACAACAAGCAAGAGAUGGAGGAGUGCAUUCAUCUGGACGCCUUACCGAAGACCUUCCGGGAUGCUGUCCACACGAGCAGACAUCUGGGAUACAAUUAUCUCUGGAUCGACGCCUUAUGCAUUGUGCAAGAAGGAUGUGGCAGCAAAGAAGAUUGGCGCGAACACGUGAAGAUCAUGGGACGCAUUUAUCAGUAUGCAACACUUAAUCUAUCGGCAGAUGCGAGUUCAACUGCUAGAGAAGGGCUAUUCAGGGACAGGAAUAGGAAUCAAUUAGUCACUCCACGCGGGGUUAUCACGCAAGGACGUUUCAAGGGAAAUUAUGUCAUACAUUCGAAUUACGGUUACGAAUACGAACCGCCACUGAAUCUACGUGGCUGGCAUCUACAAGAACGUCUGCUAUCGUCGAGGGUUUUACAUUUUGGCAGGGAACAGCUUGAAUGGGAAUGUGGAGAAUCAUCUACAAUCUCCGAGAGAUACCCUUUUGCUCUAAAUGAAAGCACCGUUCAAUCCGGAACUCACUGGAGCAAAGCCUUCAACAUGAUGCAGGAAGGUCACUCGACUGCCCUAACUAACUUCCUAGAGCACAUCAUGGAUUACACAAACCGAAAGCUUACAUAUCCGAUCUCGGAUAAAUUCGCUGGUUUCUCUGCAAUUGCAGAGCACUUCUCAAAAACAUUGGAGCAGCCUUGUUAUGCAGGGUUUUUGAAAAAUUCGCUACCUUUCGCUCUGUUGUGGAACAUGGAUAGAGAGGAAGAUAGCAUAGAGCUGACCUACGAAUCGCCAUCAACCGUUUUUAGGGCCCCAAGCUGGAGUUGGGCGAGCUCGGAUACCCCUGUAUCUUUUUACAACUUCAACCACUUUGAUAAGAUGAUUAUUGGGGGGUACAAGUGCAUUUCGCUGGCGGAAAUAAAAUCCCUCCAGGUUCUCCCAUCAGAUCCGUCAAAUGUCUUUGGGCAACUGGAUCACGCGACCCUCACUCUCAACGCACCGACAUCGCCCUGUAGCUGGAACAAACCCUGCGGCUCGCGAUACCUCGAUGAACUAAACACGCCCGAUUUUCCCAUACCAAACGAUAAAACUCUGGUCAGAACCACAGUCGAGUUCGACAACACAAUGUAUGCUUCGCUACCCUUCGACGAAGUUCGCGCUGUGGCCAUUUACACACAGUUUCACGAACAGUGGAACGCAACUCUAUUGUAUGUGUUGCUAUUACGCCAGACUUCAACCGAGUACCGUCGAGUUGGGGUGGGUAGGCUUGAGUGGCCGUACGAAAAAUCUAAUGAGGCUCGAUUGCUUGGUUUAAGCAAGGAAAAGUUGAGCAUGAUAUAACCUCCAGUCUUUGUAGUAUUUUCAUUCAUGCUUCUCUCUUUCGGACCGGGGUUUAAAUCUUGAGCUUUUAGCAUGGUCUUCUUUCCUGGGGAUCCGCAAAUUCCGAGAUGGAAUUCUCGCGUUUCUCGAUCGUGGUGGUGUAGAAUAGAACGACCGAAUGCGGGGGCCUCGCGGCUUCGCAGCAUUAUGCUAGUGUAGAUCUUAUCCUUCGAAUAUUUGUCAAAAGAUAAAUCCAACAUAGAAGCUCGGAUCUCGGUUCUAUCAGAGUGUUUUUCGCUAAAAAAAAGGCUUCCCCGUGGACUGCGCAAUGGCCCUUGAAGUGUCAGUGAUAGCGGUUGGACAGCACUACUUAAUUCGCUAUGUAGUUGGAUAGACCCCGUUACUACCUUGACAUAGAAUGCAUAUUGCGAUUCACUGAUAAAUGUCCUAUGUAGAACUUUAAAUGAUCAUGGCACACAAAAUAAUUACAGAAAGCUCUACGUUCGAUUGCUCUUCAUGUGAUCAGUCUGGCGAAGGGUCUACACAUCCUAGCUGGGUAAUGUGCAAACAACCUGCAUGACAAGAUCUGGGCGCAAUAUCUCAUGCAUCUCCACCCGGAAGAUCUGCGCAUCUGCUUCCACUUCUCUUCCACCCGAUUCCUUCGCGAUAAGAUUAAGCGGGUUGAUCCCAUCCCACCGUCCACGAGGUCAAUUCAUCCUACAAUAGCUUCGUACAACCAUCAAAAUCGCCCCUCAUCAUUUCCUGGCGCUAUCAAUCU